GUGAAAGAGAGAGGCGGAUAUCGUCGUGGCAAAACUCGUCGGCCAAUUAGUCUUUCAAAAUUGCCUUUUUUUUAUUGCGUGAGCGAAAGCAAACCGACCAGUAUGAGGGCUGAGAAACAACGGACUACUUUGAUUUGAUUUAUGCGCUUUUUUCACUCGUGACCGUGAGAUACUCGGUUCAGUUGUAAGUCGUUGUCCAAAGUCGUGCGUGUCUUGCCUUUUGUUUUCUCAAGAAUUCGUAACGAUAAAGAAAAGCCACAGUAAUAAUGACGUGAAGAGCAUCAAUGCUUAUUCAGUCUCACCAUUGUUUAUUCAAUCUCACCAUCCACAAAAAUGUUUCCACAGCUUACGAUUUUUUUCACCGACCCGGAAAAUCUAAAUACAUUAAGUAUCAACGAAACCGCAAGACAAACUAAAAGCUGACUCUCAAAACAAAGGAUAAUUUUGACUGACACUCAUAGUUAGGGAAUUGGGUAGGAUCAGACUAGGGAUAGUUUUUGACCAGAGUAAGUGAUUUUGCGAGUGGUCAAUUAACUGAGUGCUAUGUUUGUUGUCCUCGUUUUGAAGUGCUAUCAAUCGUAUUCAGGCUUCUCGCAGGGUAAUUAAAUGUUCGUAUCGCGAGAAAUUUAGACCCAGGCACCAAAAAAAAAAAAUCGUAUCGGUGGCCGCGUGAGCGAAUGAAUUGAAGUAACAAACAUUAUUAGAACUAUUUUGGAGAAAUAGAGAGAAAAUCGGGACGCUCUUUCCAUCUAGUCUAGACUUUCUUGAUCACCACCAGCAACACCGAUUAGUUCUUUCCCAGACGAACUUAUCAACAACUAACUCACAUACUUCUCGGGUCGGUCCUCUAAUAGAAUUCGAACUUCUUUUCAUCUCCAGUUUUUAAAACAACUCUAGUUUAUUCGUAAGAAUUAUAUAUUUUUCAUGUCUGCCAGUUUUCCUGGGAGGCCCACACCUCACCUAACCUAAUCUUCAAGAUGGCGGAUUUGCAGUCCGAAUCGCUUCAUGCCAGUGAAGCGAUGCUUGAGCUACGACAUUUCGAACCGCGACAAAUCGAUUGGAGCGUCUUGCCCGCUGACGUUUCUCCACCUUGGGGAGUUCUGUUGCGCGAGCUUCAAGAAGAUGUGCUGCUCUUUGGAGAUCUGGUGAGCACUCUGUUACUCCGACACAUCGCUGCCGACCAAGAGUACCUGCUACAAGUCUUCUCAAACCUGCCGGCGACGCGCCGCCAAGACAAACUGCAAGUUUCCUAUAUGGAAUGCUUGUGCUUUCGAAAGUACUACUUCUAAAUUGACUUAUUUUCAAUUUCCAAUAAGCUUUCCUUAUGGUACUUAUACAGCUCCAGAUGUGUGAUCAGGGAGACGUCGAUGACAUGAAAAUCGACUUUCAAAUCAUCUGUCCUCAGCUUUGCUCUGCGUCAUUGGAAUGUGAGUAAGAAUGAUCCCGUGCGAGAAAAAAGCUUUCGUGACUGGUUGGAAGUGGCAGCCAAGCGUGAAGACUACACGGACAUGGUCAGUGCGUGGACAGCUUUAGCAUCCUGGGAUGCCCUGUGCGAUGCCGCUGUGAAUCGCAUCUGCUUCCCUGACGAAGAUGCAGGCGAGGAUGCCGGUAUCAACUUGUGGGUUAAUAGAAUAGUCAACCUCAAGUCGUACAUUUUGCCUCUGCUUGUUUGAAAUGGUAAGAAAUGCAAGGGGAUUUUUCUGUUGGUGUUGUGGCUGUUCCUCCGACUUGUUUGGUCUCGCCAGGAAAUGGGCAUUAGACAUACAAGAUGAACAUGGUUUAUCCAAUGAAACACACAAAAUAGGUGGCGAAACUAAAGCGAAUUUUCCGGCAGAAUGGGACCGCACUUUGAUCCGUUUCGACUGGCUGUCAGCUUGCGGCAUUUGCGAAGCACCAUGGAGCAUUGCCCAGGUGACUGAGGAUGAGUUUUUUGGUCAUUUCUCUGAGCGACGUGCCGAGUCCUUUUGGUAUCAGUCCCUCAAGGAAUACUACUCGUUUCGGGAAUGGUAUUAGUCUUUUUUCUUUGGGGUGCUUUUUCUAUUCCAAUGAAUGUUUUUAGGAACAAAAAAUCCUUGGUCAGUACCUACUUGAACUUGUUUCAGUCAGGACGCUAAUUGGCGCAUAGUGCAAUCGUUGCGCGCAUAGUGCAAUCGUUGCAGAUAAAUGAUCAAUAGAUGCUCGUAGUAUGACCUUUAUUUUUAUGCACUUAUGCUGCGUGCAACUCUUAUGAUUUGAUGCCUUGCCCAGGUACGUGACCGAGAAGGACUCCAGUGUCCAAGUUGGUCGUGCGUUGUUUCCCUUUUCGGUCAGCAGUCAGGGUUUUCCGCCUGUUCAGGAGGAAGCAGCUUUCGACUGUUUUCAGGAGAUAGCCAAGGAGUUUCAAGAGAACGAAUCGGAAUUGCGAACCAAAUAUGCGGUUCCUGUGCUGUUCCCGGAAGACAUGCAGCAGGAAACGCCACCUGGGGAACUCGAGCUUUUGUCGCAGGCCUCUGCCAUAUUCAAAGCUUCGCAAAUGCCAUUGUCACCGCAGCUGGUCGUGUCGCAGCAGCAAGUUUUGUCGCAACAGGUAAUGUCUCAGCAGGGAGCAGUGUCGCAAUAUCCGCAGAGUCUAGAAGCGCUCUCGCAGAACAGUGUUGGCGCGUGUGGUGGAAGCAAGCGAAACCUUCUGCACAACAUGGACUUUUUGGAGAGCCAGCGCAGUGCGGAGAGUCGCGAAAGCAGCAUGCCGAGUGAGCUGCGUCGCGGACCCGUGGAUUCGCGUAAGGUUCGGGCGUACAUGCGCAAGAAACACGCGGGAUCGAGGAGUGGAGGAAACAAGGCACCAGGUUCUCUUUUGAACAAAGGUGGAAAUCAGGGUUCUCAGCAACUGGGCAGCUUGUCCUCUGGAGCUGAUUCUCAGGAGCAAGCACGCUUUCGAGGCAGUCAAUCUGCUAUGGCUGGACAAGCGGAAGAGUCUCAAAAAGCUCUGAUUGGCAAAGAGGAGUCGUCUCUCGCGGCUGUCGUGGAGGACCUGGAGGAGGAGGACAGAGCCGUUGCUGACGAACAAGUAGUCCCUGAGACGGGCAGCAGGAAAGGUGCUGAGGCGAUUGAGGACGAGGCCGUGGUCUCUGGUGAGAACGCUGCAGAGGAAGGACCGAACGCGGGUGAUCAGGAAGAAAAGGCCAGUGGAAUUAUAGUCGAAAAAGCGGACAUGCCACUUGCAGUAGCCGGCACUGCAGCAGAUGUGGAGCCCAUCGUCGUUGACUCUGAGCCCGUUGUCCUGGAUUCGGUUGAGCCAGAGUCUAGCGCUGAGGAGUCGGCACCUAUGGUCGUGGAUUCGAAGCCAGGUGAUCCUGAUUCGGCACCUGUUGUCGCGGACGUACCCGCCUCGCUUUCCGUGCGAGAAUCGCAAUGCGUGGACGCCGCGCUGGCUGCUGAGAGUCUCAACGAACUUGUCGUGCGUCUUACCCCGUCGCAAGCAGCGGAGUACGUUGAUGCCGGAGCAGCUGCCGUUGACGUGGCCGCCUCGCUUUCCGUACGAGAAUCGCAAUGCGUGGACGCCGGCUCCGCACUGGCUGCUGAGAGUCUCAACGAACUCGUUGUGCGUCUUACGCCGUCGCAAGCAGCGGAGUACGUUGACGCUGGAGCAGUUGCUUCACUGCAGUCUGUCGCCGCUGCGUCGCUGGAGUCCGAGCUGCCGCCUGUCGCUCUUUCUGAGGAAAGCGCUGCGGCUGCCGGUGUCGAUGCCGAGGAAGCGGUGGAUGCGGAAGAGGCAGAAAACCAAACUGAGAACGUCAAGAACAAUGAUGUUUCGGGUGUUCCUGCUCUCGGUGAAAGCAAGACUGAGGUUCUUGCCGAAGCAGCGGAUGUGGCGGCUCCUUCGCUUAAAGAGGAUGCCGAGAAAGAGGUCGAAGACGUGGUAAUGGAAGAUGUGCCAAAUAAGGAAGAAAAUGUGGAUGUCGACGGUGCGCGUGCGCCUCAAGCAGAUGAAGAUGCUCUUGCGUCGGACGCGAAGGCUCAACAAGCAAAUGUCGUCGUGCCGGCUGCACAGCUGCGAACCACCCCGAAAUGUGCUGAUCCGACGAGUGCCGGCUUCAACAAGGCAGUUCCUUCUGCAGCAGCUCCACAAUCGAAAGAAGAUGUUGAGCAGGCAGAGCGAGUGGCCUCUCUGCGCGUUGGUCCGGACGCAAGCAAGCUUGAGGAGGAUGAAGAACUUGACAUGUCCCAUCACACGAUCAGUUCGCACAAUGUGAGCGGCUUCACCGAUCUUCUGCGUGGAGCGCCAGUGGACCAGCAGCCUGAACAGGAAAGGAUAUCCACCUCGUUCUCUGGCUCCUUGCGCAUCCAAAAAUCCACGACGCUGAACAGCCAGGUCCUGAACGUGGAAAACGUCAAUGUUGUUUCGUUGGCUGAUGUGGAGGAUCAUGGCAUUCUUGCGAGGGCAACUCGCGUGCCGCGUCGAGCGUCAGCGUUCGAGAAACCACCAACUGUGCUGACCGCAGCGGAACUCACCACGGCAGAAGAUGUGGCUAUAGAUAAGCGACAGAAAUCUACUCGGGCAAAGCCAGACAGCGGUGCUCAGGAUCAGAGCGAAGAUAAAGAUGACGGUGCACUAGAGACGAAGAACGAAGCGAAAACAAAGCAGCUGGACACGUCAGUCGCAGUUUCCUCUAUCAGUGACAACAGCUCUGUGCACAACAAGAGCUUUGAACUGGACGUCUCGUUCAAUUCGUUACCGCGGUCUUUCCGUCUCGUCUCGAAAAAGGGAGGACUUGCAAAAAAGAGCGGUGAACAGAGUACUGCUGCCGCUCGCACGACGAAACCAAUGCUGCCACCAGGGCGCCGUCUCUUGUCCGCAAAAACGACCGGGACCGGAGAACUGGGUGGUGGUUUCGUUUCCGUGAAUAAACUUGCCUCCUCAGAGAAGGCCAAAGUCGAGGAAGAGCCGAAAUCCCAGAAGUCUGACAUGGGUUCGUUGCUUCAGGGUCAAACGAGCAUGGAGAGUGCGUCUUUGAUGAAGAAUGCGAUGUCGCUGGAAGAAGGACUGAAAUUAUGUCAAGACAAUGGAGUAGAUUGAAUCUAGUAGACCUUUUCUUCAACGAAAUAAGUUAUAGAGGGGAGUUGAAAGAAGUACAUAAUCUAGUUUCGAUUUUUAGCAUAAAUUUAUCCCGCGAUUCUUGAGUAUCUUUCCCUCUAAUGCAAGUGAGUGCUUCUGCGGCCGAGCCGACGCCGAACAGCUAUCCCAUGUUGACACUCGAGGUUGCUGGCGCGGCGAUCACACAGAUGCCAACAGCGAGCUCUGCACAGGACUCCGCCAAACAGGAGAGUGCGCCGGCAGCAGUGGCCGCCGAUAGCGCGGCGAAAGACGUAGAGGAGAAAGACAACGCCGAUGCUCCGGCCCAGGAGGCGGUCCCGGAUAUGCAGGUGAAUAGCGAGGACGAUAGAGCAGUUGACGUCGUUGAUGAAGGUAUAAUGCCAAGUCGUGAGGAGCAGCAGGACCUUCAAGAGCCGAAUCAAGAAGCCGGCGCAGAGGCAGACGCUGUCGUCGAGGACGCAGAGAAGAAGGAAUGGGCUUCGCCGGCAAAAGAAGCGCAUCCCGAGUUAGAUGCUUUUUUUGAAGACUUCGUUCCGUCCCCGGAGGCGGAGAAAGCCGCAGAUGCCGAGAAAGCCGCGGACUCGGUUGUCCCAACGCCGAGCAAGAAGAAGCCAGCAGCUCCGAAGAAAACCGUGAUGAAGAAAGACCCGAAGACCAAAGCAGCACCGAAAAAGCGCGGCGGGCGCGGAAAAAAGAACGCCAAGUCCGCAUCUACAACGUCCGACGGCGAUGAGAACGUUUCGGAGAACACGAAUGAUCAAACAGAGGGUACGGAGGAGCACGACCAGCAGUCGGAACAAGAGCACGACAACACAGAGCUACCUGUUCAUCAAUUGCGCAAAAACACCAAGCGUCGCGCGACCUUCCCUGAUCUUCAUAUUAAAGCAGAACAAGAUGCGCUGCCUCCGCAGAAGAUGGCUCGGUUGGACAUGGAGGGAAUGAACGACCAGUACCCAGGAGCUCCCGGCAUGCCGGAGGGAAUGGCUAUGGCUCGUCCACGUCGCUUGUCCGUUAUUCCGGAGUGCAGUGAGGAGAACGUCUCGUCGAACAGCGAGGACAACGCGCAGCUGUUGAAGAACAACGGUACAGCAAAGACGGAUAACGCUUCCAGUUCCGUUGCUGAAACACCGGCUUCUAAGAAAGUUGAGGGAGCGCCCGCAGAAGACAAUCUCAACAAGACCGACGGCCAACUGGUGAAGCCACCACCAGCGCUUGCGAAUGGAAAAAUGUGGAAUGUCAAGGAUUUGCUUCCAGGAAACCGAAUUACACCAGGGGAGGUGAUGCCUCCGAGAUUCACACGCGGUCCAGCCGACAUCGAUACAGACGGAAUCGUGUGCAUCAAAUGCGGCUACGCGCACGGAUGCGAGCCCGGAAACGCUCUAGUAUAUACUUUUUUAUCUGCCUGAAAUGGUUUUGUAAAGCGUUCAGCUAGAAGAAGCUUUAGGUAGUACUGAAGCCACAAUUGUUUCUGCUGAAGAAUGUUGCCUCCAAGACGAUGUAUGAGGUCAAAACGAUUCAGGCCUUUUUUCUCUUUUCAUUCUCUUUUACAAGAAGAGGAAGACCAUGCUAGUCCAUCAAUUCUUAUUUUGCAGCUCAUUUGCGACAACCUGGAUUGCCGUGGAGGUAACGGGAAGUUCAAAGGAAAGCCUGGUGCACGUGCCGCUUGCCAUGUUCACUGUGCUGAUCUGCGUGGUUUUGGUACGAAAGAGGAGAAGUGGUAUUGCGGUGACUGCAAUAGGACGAUGGCUGUUCAGCGACGCUUGAAGUAUUGGGAGAAAGACAUUGUCUAUGUGAAGAACAUUCCACUUUUCCCGGCGCUUGUGGCUGCCGAGAUCAAGCAAGUCGAUUUCACCAAGCCCGAUGACCCAACGCCAUAUCAGCUCAGGUAACAUACCGAUCCUACAAGACACAAUCCAACGUGUACUCCCACUUCAUGCACGGGGUUAUAAUAGUGAAGCUAGCAUUUAUUAUUGUCUUUCGAUAUACUCGGGCUCAUCAACCUAUGCCAAGUCGACUUUUGUAAUCAAUGCCAUAUCGUUAUCGAAGGAAAUGGAAAAUUUCUUCUCAUUCUCAGAAAUGAUGAUUCUAGCGAGAAAUUUUCCUUUGAUAAUCGCUUUUUUGCGUCAAUCAUAUAUGUACCCACAUUUGUAGGUACUUGCUUGGUAAGCGUCGCGCGCAAACACACGACCUUAAAACCGGACAACCGCUUGAAAAGCCUUUGCCGCAGCGCCAGCAAACCGAAUGGAUGAUGGAGAAAAAUUGCAUCUCAUAUGAGAGGUACAACUUGCUUUGAAAUUUGUCUUCCUAGUUUUCUUCUGAUCAAAGAGAUCCUGCUUUAUUUAGUACUAGUAAUUCAUGAAGAUGGUCUUCUUGAAAUGCACUUUUAGCACUUGCAUGUCUCUUCUACUUCAUCAAUCUUCACAGGGCCGCACCGGAGUGUCGCAUCAAUGGAGAUCGCAUGCUCAAGACUUUCUACCCAGAGGUUAAGCGGGUUUGGAUGGUCAACCGAGAAAAGGCUGGAGAGCUGUGGAUUGCAAACGAGGACCGAAAGGCUGAAUUACAGGACUCUUCGGAACCUGCGUCGUGUUCUCGAUCAUAA